CUUUUAAAGGACAACGAUGAGCGGCAGCGACGAUGAUGCGACACAAAUAUCUCGAGAGGAUGAAGAGCUCGCUUACGAAAUCUAUUUUUGGAUUGUUCGCUGCAUUUGUGAGAAAGGAGUUGUCAAGAUCAGCGAGCUUCGUAAAAUCUACCAGUCGACCGUCGUCAAGGAUAGAUCAGUUCAGUUCAGACCUCUGCCGGGAGUCUUGAAAGCUGUCAAUGAGAAUUUGCUGCAUUGGCAGGGAUGGAAUGCAGUCAUCCAAGACGAUCGCCUCACAUAUGUGAAUGUGAAUGGAGAUGCACCGAAUGAAGUGAGAGCAAGUGAGACCGAGAGAACAUUGGGACUUCUCAAGAAUGUGUUGAUGUAUGUUUUUGUGGCGACGAAGCCUCAAUCGAAACAUCCAGGAGUUGCUCAAGAAGAUCUGAUGUCUUAUAUGGAAGCUUCAAUGUCAACACACUCUGAUCGGAAACUUUCCCUGGAUCAUAUGGAAUUCCUGAAGAAAUUAAUCGCUCCAAACGCUCGUUCCGAGUUCAUCAAAAAGGGAUAUCUCGCAUUUACGAAAUCUGUGAACGAGAACGACGAAGAAGUGUUCCGAUACGAAUGGGGACCGGCUGCUCGUCAAACUGUCGACCCACUUGCACUCGUUCAAACCUUCCAACAAUUGACAGGAAUGAAACCGGAAAUGCUGAAAGAGCAAACUGAAAGAGCCAAUGAAUUGAAGGCUGAGCAAGUGGCUGCUGUUACUCGGGGCGGUGUGCUCAGGACUAGAGGACAGUAGGACGGAUCCAAUAAAAGAAACCAUAACAUUGAUCUCCUAGUAUCUUUUUUUUAUGAAUAAAAACAUUAGAUUUGC